UCAAGUUUUCCUGUUUGAGUAAAUAAAAAUAAAUAAAACAUUUGUACUCACGGCCGUGUCUUCGUCAUGGCGGAGAUUGCUUCCUAUUUCAUCGUAGAAAAGAACACCUUCUUGCACGUCCAAGAGGGUGAGGAGAUCCGACCACGAGCACGAAGUGCUUCAUGGUCCUGUGGUGACACAUGGCUCGAAGACUCUCGAAUUGAGCUUCUGCCCAUUGAGAAGCCCUCGGAGCUCAAAUUGAAGUACAAAAACAAUGCAGAGGAAGUAUGCGAUGAGUGUUUGCAGCCUACGAAGCCUGCAAAGCAGAUGGCUGAGGAGACUGCAAGCAAGUGCCACGCUUGUGUGUUUUAUGCGAGCCGCUUUGGAUGCUCUCUCGCCACUUGCCCCUUCGUUCAUGACCUCAUUGAUGCAAAGCCACAAAAGCGUGCUCGUCCUCAGAAACACACCCGCAAGACGUCCAAAUGCGCCGUAGACGAGCUCUUUCAACACAUGCAGGAUCCCGCUCCAGCACCUGGCAUCUAAAGGUUCUUACGCAUGGUCAGUGAUUGUUGCCAAGCUGGACGAGCAUCUUGGCGACCGAUCGAUGCAGAAGGCGCCAGAGAUCUUGGCAGGGAGAGUUUUUUAUGGUAGCGCUAGCUCCGUCUGGGCACAGGGACCCCGCGCACUUUUUAUCACUUUUUAGGGAGCUUGGAGCUCGGACACGCACGGACCUGAACACAUGCCAUUCCAGAUAGAUCAGAUAUGCCAAAUAGAAUUCCAGAGAGGAUGUCAGAGUAUUAUAUGCCAGAAACAGUGCUGGAAGAUGCCAGGAAGAAUGCAGGCAUCACUGCAUAGACUGCCAAAUGACGGAACAAGCAUUAGAAUACACGGCAGAACACAUAUCAGAGCCGAAUUCGGAUCUUAUGUCACAACACCAGAGCACUGCCAGAGCAUAUGUCAGAAGUACAUGUUAGAAGACUUGCCAGAACACAUGUCAGGCUUCACGGCAGGACGAGCGUCAGAAACGUUCCAGAACAAUGUCCAGCCUCUAUGGUAAUUAGGUGUCAGGACACGUACCAGACUUGACGCAAGAAAACAAUGCGUCAGCGCGCAUGUUAGGCAGCGCUUGUCAGGAAAGUCUGUCAAAAGAUGUGCCCUGCCUUCUUCCAAAGGGGGAUAACUCUAAGUAAAGUAUAAGUAAUAGUUUUUCGUCAGCAAGCCUGCAAUUCCUUGAGGUACGCAUGCCAGAAUACUACUCAGUACCAGUGGCUUGCUGUCAGGAAUGCUGCGAGAUUGUGCGGACUUUAAAUGUGGACAGUGGACAUCACAAUUCAAGCGCCGAUUUCAAGAAUUGUACUUCUCCUUGCGUUUUGACUUUUGACCCUUUACCAAGUCAGCUUAUAUAAUAUGAACACACCUUCCGGUGUGCCAUUAAUAUGAACUUAGCACUGCAAAAUGGCAGUGCUGAUUUGAACACCCCUGCACAUGGCUUGGCUGACGUCGAUCGAUC